AAGCAAAGAGACCACGUGACCACGGGGCGGUCGAACUACAAGCCAUUUUGGGGACUGUGUCAGUUUCCACGGAGCACACGCACAUACACACACACGGAGAGAGAGAGAGAGGGAGAGAGAGAGAGAGAGAGAGAGCUGCGUUUCAGCUCUAGAGGCGAAGCGGAUAUUUUGGAGGCAAAGUUAUCGGUGCUGAAGUGGACGGCUGUCGGAACCGAAGCGGCGGGAUUUGGAUCCGUUGGAUCGGGAUACGCACGGCGCAGGAGGCAACGAGGAGUUUUGUUCCCCCCCCUCCGCCCCCCCUUCCUCUUCUCGCCUUGGCGCAUCUGAAAUGCGCUGCGCUCCGCCGUGCGCUCUCUGCCACUGACAGCGUCUGCAGCUCUGCUUCAAGAUGGCGGCUCGGCUUCUAUUCAUUUUCUGCUGAUCUGCCUCCCAACUUUCAUUGUCUCCGCCACGUCGAGAGCCGCCGAUCGCCAGCCGAGCCUGCAGGAUUUUUCUUUUUCUUUCUAUCUUUUUUUUUGUUUUUGUUUUUUUGUUUUGUAAAGUUCUACCAACAUGCAUCGGACCACCAGGAUAAAGAUCACCGAGCUCAACCCUCACCUCAUAUGCGUCCUCUGUGGAGGAUACUUCAUAGACGCAACCACCAUCAUCGAAUGCCUCCACUCUUUCUGCAAAAUGUGCAUUGUGCGCUACCUGGAAACGAGCAAAUAUUGUCCCAUCUGUGAUGUACAAGUGCAUAAAACAAAACCCCUGCUCAACAUUAGAUCUGACAAAACUCUGCAGGACAUUGUGUACAAACUGGUUCCAGGCCUCUUCAAAAAUGAAAUGAAAAGAAGGAGAGACUUUUAUGCAGAGCAUCCUGUAGAUGCUUCCAAUGGUUCACAUGAGGAUCGUGGAGAGGUGGCGGACGAGGAUAAGAGAAUUAUCACAGAUGACGAGAUCAUCAGCCUCUCCAUCGAGUUCUUUGAUCAGACCAGACUUGUAGGAGGGGUGGAAGACAAGCAAACAAAAGAUCAGGUGGCUAACAAGAGGUACUUGCAGUGUCCAGCCGCCAUGACAGUCAUGCAUCUGAGGAAGUUUUUGCGCAGCAAGAUGGACAUCCCAAACACAUAUCAGGUUGAAGUCAUGUAUGAAGACGAGCCUCUCAAAGAUUACUACACAUUAAUGGAUAUAGCUUAUAUCUACACUUGGAGAAGGAACGGACCCUUACCUCUGAAGUACCGGGUCCGACCCAACUGUAAGAAAAUGAAGGUGAGCCACCCCCAGCAGGAGGGUCAGAACAAUGCCAGCAGGUCCGGUCCGGAGAGCGACUCUGCCAGCGACAAAGCAGGGAGUCCCGUCGGGGCUCCCUCCACCUCCUCGUCCCUGCCAAGCCCCGGAACCCCCGCGCAGUCCCCGCACCCUCAGCUCCCUCACGGCCCGGGCAACAAUAGCAGCAGCACCGUGAACGGAAGUUCAGCUGCUGUCUCAGCCGCGGCAGGAGCUCAGAACCCGAGCCGGUCCUUCAGCCAGUUCAGCGGCGGCAGCGGGGGCGGCAGCGGCGGCAAGCCGCGGAAGGUGUCCUUGAACGGCUCGGCGACUUCGUCCGGAUGACGCGGGGCUCCGGAGCCGACCUGCCAACGCCAGACUCCCGCUCAGCUCCUACAUUUUCCAUGCCAACGUAGUCCCACUGUGUAGACAAUGUUCUCUCUCUUUCUGUCUCCAUUCGUCGUUCUAAAUAUUAUGGCAUCAUUUGUAAGUUUAAACGUAGUGGAAUCAGAGACAUUUCAAGAUAAAAAAAAGGAUGAGAUGGGAAAUUUAGAAUGGAAGGAAAAUGUUGGAAGGGGAGGAGGGAAAGAAGAAGAAAGUUGGAUAACAUGUCUCUCCCCUUUAAAAGCUACAUCUUUAUUUUACAGGAGUGACUGAAGGUGACACUUAGAUUUUGUUUUAUGUCUCUUCAAAUUAAAGGUGUUUCUCAUGAUUAAUUCAUGUGUGUUGGGAUACUUUGAAGCACAGUUUAAUGCGCAUGCUCAUUGUGACUUUUCUGUUCAGGAAGAGGCUUCAGGGUUCGGGCAUGUCCGUCCCUUUUCUAGAGUUUUUGGACAUCAGGAGUUUCUGAAGCGGGAAGCAUCAAUGGGAGAAAAAUAAAAGCAUUUCUGCCUUUUACUGGAAAACAAAAGAAAAGACACCCUUCCUUGUAGCUGGACUCUUCAUCCUUCACAUCUUUUAAAGGUUUCCGCGUGUAAAUAGAGACAAAGUGCAUAUUUAAUCAGCCAUGGUGUUAUUCUCUAACUGCCCUUUGUUCUAAAGGAAGGACUUGGCUUCAUUUCAUGACAGAUGUUUUCAUGUCUCUGUUUUCUGUAUUUGUAUCGCUCAAUUGUAUGAACAACUUACCGUAUUGUUACUGUUGCACAGUAUAAAACAUCUAAAUAAAAACAUUUUACACUUAU